CUCGUAACGUCCUUUUAAAUGUGAUUGCCAAGUGUUUUGGCACGGCUGAAUUUUUCUGAAUGAUUUUAUUAUGAGAAGUUUUAAAUCUUUUUUCUGAAGUGUGUUUUUGCUUAUUCCAUCUUGCUUAUUACAGAUUUUCAACACAGAAUCGUUUAGCUCACCAGAAUCUGUAUAAUCAAGGUUUAGAAGAUUUUUAAUGAAUUCUUUUUAAACUAUUUCAUUUGUGUAUAAAACUAAUCAAAAUCUCAUCGUGGAAUUUUGACAUGUCAUUUGACGUGACUAGGUAAGCACAAGGCCACAAGAUGAUGGACAAUCAGGCCAAAGGUUUGAUUAAAGGCCUUGAAAAUUGGGCAAAAAGAGUCACUAAAGGCUACAAAGAUGUUGAUGUCAAUAAUUUGUCAUCAUCAUUCAGGGAUGGCUUGGCGUUUUGUGCCAUUAUUCACCAUUACAGACCAGAUCUCAUUGAUUUUGAAUCUCUUUCCAAAGAAAAUGUCUUUGAAAACAAUAAUCUGGCCUUUAGCACUGCUGAAAGGCAGUUGGGUAUACAAGCUCUUUUAGAUGCUGAAGAUAUGGUUAAAUUGGAGAAACCUGAUAGACUAUGCAUAAUAACGUAUUUAUCUCAAUUGUAUAAUUAUUUUGAAAAUCAAAAUAAAGUUAAAACUUUAAAACCAGGCAUUAAAAGACCUCAAAGUAAUUCAUCAGGUCCUGCAUCCAAAGUUGCUGUUGUACAGCCUAGACUAUUAACCAUUAAACAUGAAGUAUGUCAUGUUUGUAAGCAUCGUGUAUUUAUUCUUGAAAGACUCAUUGUCGACAAUAAAUUGUAUCACAGAGAUUGCUUUAGAUGUAGCAAAUGCAAUGCUCUCUUGAACCCUGGUGCGUAUGUAGAAAGUGAUACUGAUGGACUAUAUGAAUGUGCUGUUUGUUUACCUGAAGAAAAUUCAGACAGUAUGGAUACUCAGGAUGCUUCAUAUGAUUCUUCUGAAGAUAAAAAUGGCAGUCUUAGUAAUGUAUCUUCUAAACAACCAAGUCCCAUUUUGCGGAGAGAUGUUUCAACUAAGCCUCUUAUUUCUGAAGCUGUCAAUAGUGCCCGAACCAAUUUCUUGCAAAAUAGUUUAUCUCCUAAAUCUCCUGAAUUAAGAAAAAUCAGUCCAAUAUUAAAAAAUGGUGCUUCAUCAGCAGAAAAUACAAGUUCACAAUCUGUGAAAGAUGAUUCUGUAGACAGUGGAAUUUCAGUGAAAGAUAAAAUUAGUGUCUUCGAAUCAAAUCGAAAUUCAAAAUUUGGGUCCUUCUCCAAAACUCCUGAACUUUCCAACAGUAGUACAUUAACGCCAUCAUCCUCUGCUCCUGCUAGUGAUUCUGCUACUCCUGGUAAAUCCCUUAGAACUAGUGCCAUAUUGUCUUUUAAUUCAUCUAGUGCUAAUAAAUCCACAGAGGUUACAACUAGUAGAGAACUUACUGAAAAUGCUACUCAAUCUAAAGAAAUCACAAAUAAAGUAGAAUUGAUUGAAAGUACUGCUCAACCUAAAAUAGCUGUAGAUAGAAUAAAACCAAACGGAAGUAGAUCUUUAUCUAGUGAUGUCAUUUCUUCUAAUUCUAAAGAGAUGCCAGAAACCUCCAGAACUACUGGUUCACAUCUAGAUAAAUUUUCAGAAUCACAAAGUGAUAAAUUAAACUGUGAUAACUCUGCGUCUGUUUCAGUUCUUAGUAAAGUGCCUAAUUCAACUUUCAGACAUUCUUUAAAUUUAGAAACAUUACCCAAAGAAGAAAGUCUAAGCAAGAUUUCACCUAGUAAGUCAUUUCAGAUAGGUGAAUAUAAGAGUCCUUUUAAAGCUUCCAGAGAUAUUUUUCAAACCAGCCUGCAACCUCUUAAAUUGGGAAUUCCGACAGCUAGUAGUACUCCCAAAAAAGAAUCAUUGAGCUUACCCCAAACACCCAUCACUAGUCCAGACUCACCAAGGAUUGGUAAUGUUGAAAUUCCUCAGAUUAGAUCUACUUAUUCACGAACUUUACCCCGUCCGGGAAGUGCAAGCAAUCUUUUGUCAAAAGACAAACAUAAUGAGCCUAACAGUACCUCUGAAACUGAUUUGUCCGAUUCUAACAUUUCUAGAUUGAGCAGUACUGGCAGAAGAAGUUCUUUAGAAUCCUACAGCACAAGCAGUAUGGCAGCUAAUGAAGAUGCUAAUGUUACUUCAGGCAGUAUUAAGAGCAUGACAGAAGAAAAUAAGAGUUCAUCCAUUACCUCUUUAAAAGCGAAAAAUUCUAAUUUCCAGCUAUCAUCCACUCUGGGUAGCAAUAUAAAAAGUGAAAAUAACCUGCUUAAAAGACAAUUCAAUGAUGUUCCUGUUCCCAGCGUCCGGCACAGUCUUGAAAUUAAAAGAUUAAGCCCUCUAAAAACUGCAGAACCAACUGAUAAUAAAAAUUCUUCUGUCAAACCUUCAGAUACCGUGAAUGAAAAAUCAUUAUCUAUUAGUUCUGUAGAUACACCUCCGAAAUCUAAUGUGGAGGUGCCGAAAAUUGAAACUAAGUCUGCAAUUACGAAAGUUGUUAAACCAAAAGUGAUUGAACCUCCUAAAUCUGAGAAAGAAUAUCCAGAUGAUUUAAAUCCUUUUGGAGCCGAGGAAGAGGAAGAAGAAUAUCCUGAUGACUUGAAUCCAUUUGGUGAUGAUGAUGGAGAAGAAGGAGCUAAUGUUAAAAUUAAAGUUGUUUCAGCUGAUGAUUAUGAUGAAUCUAAAAAUCCAUUUGCAUCAGACGAGGAAGACAAUAAUGCUGAAGUAGUUACUCCUCAAUCCAAACCAGUUACUCCUAAAACAGCUCCUGUUAAGACUGCUUCUCCAUUUCAGAGUGUAUGGACAUCUUCACCAACUGGCUCUUUGAAAGGUACAACAAAAAAACGGAAAGCCCCAAAACCUCCUAUGGUAACUGACAUAUUUCCAAAUGAUUCUCAGGAUUCUGAAGCAGAUGUUUCAUUCAACUCUUUGAAAUCUUCGCCUUCAGGGAGUAGAAUAAGCCUACAAACUCCUUCUCCAAAAUUGAGGAAGAACAAACCUGCCCCUCCUCCUCCUCCGGUGCUAGCUAAUAAGAAUUCUCAGCCAGAUGACAUUGCCAAUUCAAAGCAAAUGAAGGAUGCCGAUAAUAUGAAGUUGAAGACGUCUACUGCUUCAGCCGAUGCUAAUCUAGCCAAAAAGAAAAAACGACCAGCCCCACCAGUGCCAAUACCUAAGAGAAAAGAUAACAAAAAAAUUCCUCUGAAAGAGAUCAUACGAGAAAUGAAAGAAAUUGAAGAGAAACAAAAAGAAUGCGAAAGACAAGGUCGUGAAAUUGAACUUCUUAUCAGGGACAGAGACAAAGAUGAAGAACCUACUGUUGAGGAAGAAGAGUACAUCAUGCAAUUGUUUGAUCUAGUUAAUCAGAAGAAUGCUCUUUUCCGAAGGCAAGCUGAAUUAAUGUACAUAAAACGUUCACAACGUUUAGAAGAGCAGCAAGCUGAAAUAGAGAUGCAAAUACGUCAGUUGCUUAUGAAACCUGAUUCAGAAAAAACGGAAGAAGACAGAACCAGAGAGGAAGAGCUCAUAUUAGAAUUGAAAGACAUUGUUGACCAACGUAGUUCUAUCAUCGACAGUAUAGAAAUGGAUAGGAGAAGAGAACUAGAAGAGGAUGCUAGUGUGCAAGAGCAAAUAGAAAUAAAAAAUGGUGACUUACCAAUUACAGCAGAAAUAAAAGAAAAAAGCAGUGGAAAAAAGAAAGACAAGAAAGCUAAGAAAGAAAAGAAAAAGAAAGACAAAGGGAAAAAAGAAGAGGCUGAUAAUGAUGAUUCUAAGAAAAGUUCUGGAAAGAAAAAAGGAUUGUUUAAAUAAUGAUAGUACACUGAGAAAAAUAAGAAAUAUCUAGUGAUCAUAGGUGCUUUUUUUUUUAUAAAUUACAAAAUUAGAAUAAUUUUCAUACUUUUUUUUUUUUUUUUUUUUUUACUUUUACUUUUUCAAAGAGGAUGAAAAAAAAUCUUUUUAAAAAUUAUUUCACAUUUUUAUAACCUAGAUUUUUUUAAUAUAAUACUGUGCAUUUUGUUACAUAUUUUUGCUUGUAAUGCAAAUGCUUCAGGUGUCCUUUUAUUUUGGUUAUGAAAUGUUUAAUGCAUAUGGAUAUAAAAUAAUCUUAAUGUGCAUUAAACCAGCCUAUAUUUGCUUUAAGUAUUUUCAUUAAUGCAUUUUUACUUUUCAUAUCAUAUUUGCCAUAUGUUUGGUCACAAGUUUACAGUUUGCUUAAGUUAGUACUUAAUUUUGAUACAAAUGUUACUCAUCAAUGGAUUCUAGAACACUAAAAUCAGUAAAAGAAAAUCAAUUUUUUAAAAUGGAUUUAGAACAGUUAGUUAAUCUGUAUACAUAACUUAAAUUUUGAAAAACAAAUCUAUAACUCAUUUAUAGUAUCUACUGAAAUUUGAACUAAAAUGAAGUUGAACUAAAUGAAUAGAUAAUUUAGUUACUGUCAAUUGCAAUGUAAAAGAAUUAGAUGACAUUAUUACUUAUGAAAAAUUGUAAUCAUUAUUGAGUUGAGGAGAUAUAAAAUCAGUAAAUUCUCCUCCCUUUUUUAUAUAAAUUUAUUAUUUCAUUGUAGUAUGUAUUAUACUUUUUAAAUAUAUUUUAUCUUUUGUUGACAUUGUGAUUUUUUUUUAUUUAUAUAAGUUUAUAUAUGUUGCAUUCUUAUCUGAAAUGACUGCUGCAAUAUGUAUCUAAAUUUAGUUUAUUGAAAGUUCUAAUGCUGAUUUAUUACUGUAAUUGUUUUAAUUUUAAAAAUAUUUAUUUUUCUGUGUGUUUUGCAUUCUAGAUGGACAUAUUCAUCUAAACAUAUUUUAAAGAGAAAAAAAAAAAAAGAUAUUGAUAUGUACUAAGUACAAUAAUUCAUAUUUUUGUAUAUCUGCUAAAUUAUAAAUUUGGUUUUCAAUCACGAGUCUAAAUGCAAUGUUAAUAAAACAAGUAUUAUUAAAAUAUUUUCAAAGCAUUUAUAAUUGUUGAGAGUAAAAAUUGUUAUUUUUACCUAGUCAAAAUAUUGCUGUUUGUAAAUCUUAUAUUCUUUCCUAUAAAGAAAUUCUGAAAUGACAUUUUUUUAAAUUUUAAAAUAUGUCUUUUAUUCUACCUUUUAUUUUUUUGUAGAACCUGUUGAUUUUACAUAUCUUCUUCCAUCUAAAUGAAUGUUUACAUAGCAAAAUGGCAUUGUAACAUGUAAAUUUAGAUUUUUGUUAUCAAUUAAAAUAAACUGGUGGAAAAACAUCCACUGUAUAUUUUGUUGGUUGCCAAUCAUUUUUAUAAAAAUUCUGUAUAGAUUUCCCUCUUAA